AUGGAGGACUUGGAGGAGAAAAAGGAGGAGCUGGAUGAGGCCAAGGAAGAUGAGACGGAGAAGGAGGAAGAGUUGGAGGAGAAAAAGGAGGAGCUGGAUGAGGCCAAGGAAGAUGAGACGGAGAAGGAGGAAGAGUUGGAGGAGAAAAAGGAGGAGCUGGAUGAGGCCAAGGAAGAUGAGACGGAGAAGGAGGAAGAGUUGGAGGAGAAAAAGGAGGAGCUGGAUGAGGCCAAGGAAGAUGAGACGGAGAAGGAGGAAGAGUUGGAGGAGAAAAAGGAGGAGCUGGAUGAGGCCAAGGAAGAUGAGACGGAGGAGAAGGAAGAGUUGGAGGAGAAAAAGGAGGAGCUGGAUGAGGCCAAGGAAGAUGAGACGGAGAAGGAGGAAGAGUUGGAGGAGAAAAAGGAGGAGCUGGAUGAGGCCAAGGAAGAUGAGACGGAGAAGGAGGAAGAGUUGGAGGAGAAAAAGGAGGAGCUGGAUGAGGCCAAGGAAGAUGAGAAGGAGGAGGAGGAGGAGGAGGAAUAA